AGAGAAUACGGUGUUGCAAUUUCAAUGCAGGAAGUAGUGACGAUCUCCCGACGGUAAAGUCAGGCAACAUCAUGGCGCUUUUGAGAGGGUUGCUUCCUAGAGCUUUCCGAUAUCACAGUGCUUAUUGUCAGACAUUAGUCCGGUUAAAUCAGAGAAACUUUACUUCGCCAGUCCAGAUCAAAGGAUUGGACCAUCUCGUUCUGACAGUAAAGAGCAUUGAAAAUACUACUGCGUUCUACUCUCGAACACUGGGAAUGCAGGUCAUCACUUUCAAGGGUAAUCGCAAAGCACUGACCUUUGGGGAUCAGAAAUUCAACUUGCAUGAAAUUGGGAAGGAAUUUGAGCCAAAAGCACACAAGCCUACAGCAGGAUCCAUGGAUCUAUGUCUAAUCACAGACACACCUCUAAGUAAAGUGAUUGAACAUCUUAAGAUAUGUGGAGUUCACAUUGAGGAAGGUCCUAUUGAGCGAACUGGGGCAGUGGGUGUUAUAAAGUCAGUCUACUUCAGAGAUCCGGACUAUAACUUAAUUGAAGUUUCCAAUUACCAUUCUGACGAACAGUAAAGUACCACCAAAUAUCAUUCAAAUGCCUACAAGAAACAAACCUACAAGACAAGCUACUGAUUUAUUAUGUUUAAGAAGGGACUGCAGAUACUGGAAAAUCGAAGGUAGACAAAAAUGCUGGGGAAACUCAGCGGGUGAGGCAGCAUCUAUGGAGCGAAGGAAAUAGGCGACGUUUUGGGUCGAGACCCUUCUUCAGACUUCAGUAACACCCGCUGAGUUUCUCCAGCAUUUUUGUCUACUAUUGACUUAUUAUGGUGCGUUUAAUAGUAUGAACAUAAUUCCAGCGUCAAUAUUCCAUGCUGUGGCAUAGACAAGGAAGUUCAACAUAGUGAAAAUAUACAUUCUGGCUUACGUAUAAGGUGAAGAGAGUAAUGUCAAACUCUUAAUUAAUCAAUAUAUAUUUCAAGUACUUUUUA